UUUGGUUCCUAAAUGGCGAAAUUCCGGUCAAAAUGAAUUAUGAAAUGAAACCUCUGCCAUCUUUACCUUAAUCUAAAAUACAGACUCUUCAAUAUGAGUUGGAUGAAUAUUUUUAGCAGUAGUUCUGCACCCAAGUCAAGCAUUCCACCAACCACGGCACUGCAGCAACAAAGACUAAAACAGAUCGACACUUUAAAGAAUUUCCACCACAAUGUUACCGAAGUGCAAAGAGAUAUUGAAUAUAGAAUCACCUUUUACGUCCAUGGAGCUACAAUGUCAUUCAAUGUAACUCUACCUCCACAAUUCCCUAAUGAAAAACCUGUUGUAACUGUUUCACCUCCUAUUCAGCAUCCGUGGGUGAAUGAUCAGAUGGUUGUUGUAGGAUGCCCUUCAUUAAAUAUGUUCUACAUGCAUUCUAACCUUGGGAAGGCAAUACAAGAUGUUAUCAAAGAGUUCUGUGAUGGUCAUCCACCUCAGUUUCUAACUCCACCAUCAUCUACAAUUCCUGGAUCUUUGCCAUCUUCAAAUCUCAGUGGUUACCAACCCUCAUCGACCUCAAGUUUCACUGGUUACCAGCCUCUUGCUAAUCCCUAUUCCCCAAUGUCAUUUUCUCCAUCAAGUGGCAGUUCUACAAUGUUCUCAGGUCUGUCAGGGACAAUGACAUCUACUGUUAUGUCAACACAGGUUGAUUCAUCAAACAACGCACGGCGUCCAGUUGUAUCGUCAGAAUUUCCUGGUUUAAAUGGCCUAAGUUUAAAGGAACUAAAAGAUUUAAAUGAUGAUGUAAAACUAAUAGAUGAAUUUAUAAAGAAUAACAUGGAAUCUUUGAAACAACUUCAUGAAAAAAAGGAUCAAGUAAUAAAAGAAAAUGAAGAAAUUGCAAGAUAUAAUCUCUCACUACAGCCAAAGUUUGAAGCUUGUAAAGAUAGUAUUCUGCAAUGUCAUGCACUUCUUGCAGAAAAGACACAGAACUUUGCUCAACAAAGCCAGAAGCAAAAAGAUUUAAGCGAGACGUAUUCUCUUCGAAAUAUCCACACCAAUAUGGAGGUUGCUGCUUCUGAAGCUGAUCAGGAUUCAGAGGAAAUUGCCGAUAGAUACUUAUUAGGUGAGAUCAAAACAGACGAGUUUAUUCAGACGUUUAUGGAAAAGAGAAAGCUUUGCCAUUUACGACGAGCAAAAGAGGAAAAACUAAGAAAUAUUCAUACCCAUUUUUAAAAGAUGAGUAGAGAAAAAAUUGAAAAAGGCGAGGAAAAAACAAUGAGAAACUAAAUAGAAAACAAAGCAAAUACAGCACUGUAGGUAAUAAAAUGUACAAUAAAGCGAUUUUAAUUUUG